GCCGGCUGUAGUUGGGGGUCAUUCACUCAUUUCCAGCUAAGGCGCUGCCGGGUGAGGAUCUUGGGGUGUCGCUUUCUGCGGGAGGCGCGGGGGUUGAUGACGUAACUGGGGAUUCCUCUGCAGAGGAGAGAGGAGGAGGUGCUCCGAUGGCUUCACUCAUGAUAUCUGAGUAAUUUUUGCAACAACCUUGGAAGAAGCCGAAUCUAUAUUUGCAGUUUACCCCCCCUGUGGUACAAUGACACGGGACGUGGGCCUAGAUGAUGAGCUUCCAGAUUGGGCUGGAGCCAAGGAGUUCUAUCAGAAAUACGACCCCAAGGAUGUUAUUGGCAGAGGCGUGAGCAGUGUGGUACGGCGUUGUAUACACAAGCAGACAGGCCAGGAGUAUGCAGUAAAGAUUAUUGAGGUAACCCCAGAGCGGAUGACCCCACAGCAGCUGGAAGAAGUGCGCUUGUCAACCAGCAAAGAGAUUGCUAUCCUGCGCCAGGUCUCCGGUCACCCUUUUAUCAUUACUCUUAUAGAUUCCUAUGAGUCCUCCGCCUUCAUGUUCCUAGUCUUUGAUUUGAUGAGACGUGGUGAGCUUUUUGACUACCUUACAGAGAAGGUAACCCUUGGCGAAAAGGAGACCAGGUGCAUCAUGCGAGCCCUCCUGGAAGCCGUGAGCUACCUUCAUGAGAACAACAUCAUCCAUCGAGACCUCAAACCAGAGAACAUUCUCAUGAACGAUGAUCUCAGCAUCAAACUCUCUGAUUUUGGCUUCUCCUGCCAUUUGGAGCCAGGGGAGAAACUACGAGAGUUAUGUGGCACCCCAGGCUAUCUGGCACCAGAGAUACUGAAAUGCUCCAUGGAUGAGACUCAUCCUGGUUAUGGGAAGGAGGUGGACCUCUGGGCCUGUGGCGUCAUCUUCUUCACCCUCCUGGCUGGCUCUCCCCCUUUCUGGCACCGCAAACAGAUGUUGAUGCUUCGGAUGAUCAUGGAAGGCCAGUAUCAGUUUGGUUCUCCGGAGUGGGAUGACCGAUCUGACACGGUCAAGGAUUUGAUCUCCCAACUGCUGCGGGUAGAUCCUGUGGAAAGGUUGACUGCCGAGCAGGCACUACAGCACCCCUUUUUCCAGCGCUACGGGAGGGAGCAGCGACAUUUCAGCCCCUUCCACAAGUUCAGGGUGAUGGCGUGGACCGUGCGGGCUUCCAUCCGCAUCUACUCCAGCUAUCGACGGGUGCGCCCAGUCACCAAGGAGCUGCUGCUGUGUGACCCCUACGCACACAAGGGGGUGCGCAAGCUGAUCGACGCCUGCGCCUUCCGAAUCUACGGGCACUGGGUCAAGAAGGGCGAGCAACAGAACCGGGCUGCCCUCUUUGAAAACGUCCCAAAGGCCAUCCAGCUGGUCUUGCUUGGCACAGAGGGAGAGGAGGCCCUGUCACUGGCUGUGGAAGGCCCUCCCAACUAGAGAGGUUCCUUCCACUCCCUGUGAAACUGCAGGGCGAUGAUCCCUGGAAGAGCGACGCAGGGGGGCAGGGGAUGUACAGCACGCCAGAGACCUCCUCGCCCCAUUGGGGGAGAACGGCAGAUUGCAGAAUCCUCCUUUGGCUUGCCCCUGCGUAGAAGGGACUUGCUUUCCAGGGAGCAGGAACCUUGGGGACCUUGAACGCUUGGCCGGUGGGACAAGAUUCCCUGGUUAUGCCUGGGAGGGAGCUCUAGAAUUGGGUAGGGCUCCUGUUAUGCCAAUGGCGUUGGUGGAAAGGGAGGGUCGGGGAGAGCAUCUUGCUUCUGCUGCAGAGCCCGGAGCCACUGGCCUCGCCCUUCGCGCACCAAGGACAGUCCGGGCGCCUCAUCCUUCCGUGCAGUCACUUUUCCCGUUGCUGAGGGAACAAUCAGUGUGUUUGGAUUUGGUCCGUGUUGGAGAGCAGGUCUGGGAUCAGGUUUUGCAUAUCUCCUUUUCGCUGCAAUCUGGUAGUCGACGUGGCCUUUCUGUUGAAUUGCUUCCUGUUUUUUGUCGUCCCCCACCCCAUGAUUGUCCAAACUAUAAUAAAAGUGAGAUGAGACCAUGACUAUUGACUGACUUGGGCUUCCUUUACAUGCCAGGACGUGGAAGAGGGCUUCAUGCAGUUUCUGUUGAAACGGGGGCCCUGCCAGGCAUACUCAUUUCCACCACCAUCUUCUGCCCUGAGUCCCAGCAGUUCCCAAACACUGCCCAAAAUGGAAGCAAGAAUUCAGCUGGAAUUAGGCAUGUCCCAGGAAGAACGUUCAGUCCACAGUGACAGAGUUGGCCCCCGAUGGAACUGGGCUGGGCUGAGGAGGAAGUCUGCAGAAAGCAGCCAUACCAAGUUCAUCGCAGUUUAACUGGCACCGACAGAUUCCAGGCACAGCUUUGGGAGAAGGAAAGAUUUCUCUUUGCCCAGCCAUGCUACAUUAUGCUUUGCAUCCUUUGGAAAAUGCAACAGACUCAGCAAGAUGUUGGCCAGGAGUGCUCAGCCUAAGGCACCAGGCUCCCCAGAAUCUUUCCAAAACUUGAAUGUAUUUAUUUAUAUCCUGCCUUUAUCUUGCGCAACUCAAGGUGGCGUGCAGAACGCUCUCGCCUCCUAUUUC